AUGGAGUUGGCCUCUGAAGCCGAAAUUGAAGAAAAAUAUUGUAAUACUCAGGGAUAUGGCUACGAAUCAAGCGAGGAGCAAGAAACAAGAAAAACAGUUGAAGGGUCGCGUCAUCAGGAUCCAAUAGUUGCAGAAACGGUUAUUGACAAAGAAAAAACUAGUGAUAUCCAGGAAGAAGGCAACAUAUUAAUAGGGACGCAAGAAGUAAGAAAACCAGUUGAAGAGUCGCGGGACCUUCCAAUUGCUGCGGAAACGGUUUGUGACAAUAAUAAGAGGAACACGACACAAGAGAAUUCUUCAAAAUACCUACUAGAUGACUUGAGAAUUUCCGAUUCAUCAGACGAUGGUGAUUUUGGAUCAUCUAGCAGUGAUGAUUAUAUUUGCGCUACUGAUGAAUCGUCGUCAUCCAGUGAUAAUGAAAGAACUUCAGCUAAAAAGAAAAGAACGACUACGUCGUCGGUGAGACAUACCUCCAAUAUUACAGUUCCAGAAACACCCCCGUCGCCCAUGAGCACAUCAGAGAACCCUGUUCCUGGUUGCUCUUUCUGGGAACGCAACGGUAUGAAUAGUGCCGGGAAAAAUAAAAAACAAGAAAAAGUGUCAAGGAGAGAAGACAGGAUAGAGCAAGGAGAAAAUUGUUUCGUAAUACUGGCUUAG